UCCUGCCUUAGCAAUCAUCAGAUCAGGUCAGAGAGAGAGAGAGAGGGAAGAAGGAGAAGGAGAAGGAGAAGGAGAAGAAGAAGAAGCAAGCGUGCUGCUCUCCAAUGGGAGAGUGGAUAAACAAUUGCUGUGUCGUCUUGUCAUUUGAUGCCCGAACUGGAAGAAAACCCCUCCACUCCAUAGCCCUCUCUCUCACCUAAAUUCCGUAACUCAAUCAACCCCCACAGUUGAACCCAGGAAAACCCGUCUUGGAUUUCAAUCACGUAUCUUUAAUGUACACGCUAUCUACUUGGGUGUGAUUCUUGAUUCUGCCGUUGCUGCUCCAAAAACCCAUUUCGUCUCUUACUGGGUAAGUCCUAAAGAUCGAAUCUUUCCUUCAGGAUCUGCUGUUUUAUUGGUCCAUUGCAUCGGGGCUUGAUUGAGCUCGAUCCGGUUAGCUCUUGUAUGAAAGAUUUGUGGCUUUCGUCUCAAUCAUGAGUUACUUGCGUGCUGAAUCUGAAUUUCCGGAGCUCGUUGGUCGAAGUCUCCGAAUCUGAACGGGAAAAUUCAUUUGAAGAUGCUUGCUUUGGAUAUUCAAGGAGGCACAUUACUGGGUGUGAAGUUUUCCGCACCAGCUCUAGUCGGGUUCAGAUCGGUCGGGUCGACGGAGAUGUAAUAUGAUUUGUGUGGAAUCGUGCUGAAACAGCUUGGAGAUGGAGCAGAUAGUCUCCCAGUUUCUUUUAAAGAGCUUGCACAUCAUUCUUGAUUCGAGGAUUCCUUCUCUUCACCCGGCUGAUCGCAGUAACGAAUACGCGCCGGCGUCUCGGAUCAGAAAGAGCGACAGAUGGUUCAAUCUAGUUCUAGGAGACCGCCCUGCAGCCCUGGACAAUUUAAAUUUCUGGCACCGAAACCUGAGCGACCCGAUGAUCAUCGACAUAAUCCUCGUCCACGAGGGGUCCAAUUCAUCAUCUGUGGACAAUAUUUAUGGCAACUCGGCAUCACGAGCGCCAUCUAUUGAGACCGUAAUAGAGAGGUGGACUGUCCAUUAUGAGUCCCCGCGGGGUACUCCUCAGGCUAAUGAUUCGCUCGCCCAGAAGAAGACAUACAAGAAGUUGAUUUUACUCUUACGGGCUCUUUACGCACAGAUGAGACUUCUCCCUGCAUAUCGUAUCUUCCGACAGCUAAGUUCAUCGACUCAGUCUUAUGACUUCGAUAUCAUUUACAAAGUUUCCUCGUUCAGCGAUCCAUUUUCUCGGGCAGAAGAGGAGAUGAUGAAUGAUUAUACAUUUUCUCCUAUAGAGGCUUCUCCUGGACGCAUUUGUCUGUCGGUUUCAUAUCGUAAGACACUGUCCGAUUUCAACCUUGAGCCAGCAACAUCUUUAAUUCCAAGGAUCAUAACUGAUUAUGUCGGAAGCCCUGCAACAGAUCCUCUUAGGUCCUUCCCGUCUUCUGACGGAGGCACCGAAGCUAUUUCCUUUCCCUUGACGGGCACAAGACCGCCAGCGUCAUCUCCAUUUCAGCGCCACAGCUGGACUAGUGGGAUCCAUCGGGGCGCUCACAUUGCUCAUGGCUCCCCGCCCACAUAUGGCUCAUAUGGGUCCCCAUCGCCGCCUACUGAUCAUUUUGCUCAUCGAGCCCAAAGCUAUAGACUGUCAAAAAGAACUGCUAGUUUCGAUGAGUACCAGCUUUCUCCUCCUUUCUCGCCAGCUUCUUCCCCUUCUCCGCCGGCCCAUUUCCUGGGUAGUAAUCCUGCCCAGCAGGGUCGCCUUAGGUCGGGAACUGCCCCUGUUACAAUCCCACAUCCAAUGGCAAGUGGGACGACCCGGUAUGCUACUCCUAAUUUAUCCGACCCAUAUAGGCAUUCUCUGCCCCCUCCAUCACCAAGAAGCUCGAGGCUCGACACUUCAUCCCAUGAAUCCCCAUCAGGUAUCAGACUAUACAGGAAACCAGAAAUCUCAAGAACCGGGGAGUCACAUCUUGGGACAAACAGCCCUCAUGCUGGUCAUAAGAUCAUGAGAGAUUAUCGGGACGACUCUGGGCGCUUUUCGGGAUUGCUGUCUUCUAGUGGCUCGCCACGAAUUGGAUUUUCUAGAAGCUCGAGUAGGUUAUCUUUUCAGGAUGAUUUGGAUGAUGGAGACUUCUCUUGCCCGUUUGAUGUGGAUGAUGUCGAGACAUCUGACUCCCCUGUAAGCCAUAAUCUUGAGGGUAAAAGGGCUUCAGAGUUCACAUCGUCGUCCCCAAUGGGUACCAAAUCUCAGGACGCUGCAGUGGGCGUCCUGGUCCGCACGCUGAGAACAGCUCCGCCUCUGAGACAAGAUCCAAGCUGCUACUCCACUCACUCCUUUAAAACCGAACAGGAGGGAGGAGUAGCCACGGCCUCUGGGUUUUUCAUGCCACGUAAGACGACAGAUGCCCUUGAAGAGCUCAGGAGCUACCGGGAUAUGAAAGACCUCCUGCUUUCGAAAAGUGGGACCCGUGUUUUUACCAGAGAAGAAGCCUGAGCCAAGCAUCCUCGCCGCCACCAGUGAAAUCUUCGCCCAGUUGUGAAAAUGCAGAUCUUUGAGCUUCUGAUGAAUUGCUGGAAAUGAACACCAGUAGUUGCUGGGAAGUGAAGCAUUCAAUGAGAAUUAUAGGUGCCCGCGAAAAGGUGGAAUUAAACUUUUGUACAUAUGUGACUGGAAACUGAUUGUGAGCACAAAUGAACUAGCUGCUGCGUCUUCAUCAUUAGUGUUUAUCAAUAUGAACUCAUCGUUCUUUCUCGAGUUCUCCACAGAAAUUUCGUUUUUUUUUUCAA